AUUUUGUGUCACAGUUUUUGUACUGACUGUAGUCUUUAAAAGAGCUUGCAAAGUAGACAAAUUCAUCCAGUUGAUUCAGAUACGCGCAACAUGUCUCUAACUUUGCAAUUGAUCGCUGUUUGUGUCGUCGUCGGCACCACUUUUGCUGCCGAGCAUCCAUGUUGUAUAAGUAAGAAAUUCUUUGCGAAAGGACUGAUAGUGACCGCUACCUUGAAAAGUGGGAGCAGUAUACCGACGAUGUCGCAGAACGCUUUUGCAGUGGAUCAAGAUUACGACAGAAAACUUCAGGCAGUGAACGGCACAGUCACAACAGAGAAUGAACACGGCGAAUUCGUGAAUUACUACCAAGUGAUCCGCGAUUUUCAUAAUAUGAAGACCUAUAAUUUCAACGGCACACACUGCCAUAUUUAUCCCAUUGUUGGCGAAGAGUUGCCUGACGGAUGUGUUCCAAAAACGCUUGCCCACUCCGGAACAUACACGAUGGGAUCUGGAGACCAGACGAUGCACAUAAAUGGCUGGUACGGAAAAGUCGGGAACGAAACAUUGACCUAUGCCACUACUGUGAAUGACUGUACGUUGGUUUCUUUCACAAGAUUCGGAACACUGCCGGAUGGAACAAAGAUAACAGAGUCUGCUCAAUUUGUUGAUGUUGUACAGUAUACAAACAGCUAUGAUAGUGUGUUCAACAUUCCAAAUUACUGCAAUACAGGUGGUAUGGCUGUUGGAAAAUAGUUUUGUCUACAACUGAUAUAAAAGUUCAAAUAAAACAAAAGAACAA